AGUCGACUCGAGUCCAGAAUAGCAGGGCGGUUGGACAAUCACGCGUGUCCUUAGGUUGAGUGGUAGAGAGGUGGGCCGCGCGCGGCGGGCGCACAGUGCCGGCCGUCGACGCGCCCGGGCUGGCUGAGACCGCGACUACGCACGCCGGCGCCGCUGACCCAGCGCGAACCUCAGCACCAGCACUAUGGCUAUGGCGAUCGACAUGUUGCCCGCUGCCGUACUUUUAAUAGCGCUGCAUUUCGUAGCGGCUGAAAUUCCAUCUUACAUAAAGAUUUGCCAACGCAAUGACCCCAACGUGGACAAAUGCAUCAUGAACUCCGUGGACGAGUUGCGCCCAAAAAUAUCUAAGGGCAUUCCCGAGCUGGACGUGCCGGGCAUCGAGCCGCUGAGCCUGGGCCAGAUCGCGCUGGCGCGCGGCCCACAGGGCGCCAAGCUCACCGCCGUCGUCAACGACGUCAAGGUGCAGGGGCCCAGCAACUUCAUCAUACAGACACUUAAGUCUGAUUUGAACAAGAACCGGUUCGAUUUCAAGCUGCUGCUGCCGCGGCUGGACUUCCACGGCAAGUACAAGAUGGACAUCCAGGUGCUGCUGCUGCGGCUGCAGGGCCGCGGUAAUAUCACGGGCACAUUCAAAGACUACGCGUGCAACGUGACGAUGCGCGGGCACAAGGAGACGCGCGGCGCCGACGAGUACCUCAAGUUCGACCCGUUCAAGGUGAAGCUGCGCGUCGGCGAGUCCUCCAUCUACCUCACGAACCUGUUCGACGGCGACCCCGUGCUCGGGCCCGCCACCAACCGCGUCAUCAACGACAACUCGCAGCUCUUCCUAGAGGAGAUCCGCCCCGUGCUCGAGCGCUCUCUCGCGGACCUCUUCACAGAGAUGGCCAACAAGAUCACUUCCAAAUUCACCUACAAGGAACUCUUCCCAUAGCGACGGGGACCACGCUCUAACCUAGGGCUUUAGCUAAUUAGUUGCUUAUGAAAGAUGUGAUCUUUAACUAUAUUUAACGUAUUUACUUACUUAAUUAAUAGUAUAGAAGGAAUCAAAUAAAAAGUUAGUUUAAUAUAAAAUUUGUUAGGUUACGUUUUUAUGUGUCUCGAUCUACAUAGUCGAAGACAGGUACUAUAGAAUACAUUACUUUGCACAGUUUACUUAUACUUCACGCGUUUAAAAAUGUCCCUGUAGUUUUUUUUUUACAUGAAGCAGCUGGCAAAAUUAAACUGUUAGCAACGUGACAUUUUAGUGAUAUUAUAUGAGGUAAAAGCAUACGAGUAAUACUUCUUGAAUUAUUUUGUUAAAGUUGAUUUGGAUGAACUGUCAUGGGUAUCAUAAUUCGACGCGUGAACCUAAACCUAAACUUACCUAUUUAUUGAGUUAGUUUUUUGGUGGUUUGUAGUAUAAUUGAAUACAGAAUAUUGGUAGAAGCAAAUAAGAUUCUAUUGUUAUUGUAUUAUUCUUUAAGCAGUUUAAGGAACUUAUUUAUAAUUAGGUAAUUCAUAAAUUGAUGUCAAAAUAUUUUUAGUGAAAUAAAUGCAGUUUUUUUCUCAGA